AUGGACUCAAACAUCUCAGACUUGGAGGCUGACCUCAUAAAAAAUCAAAGCUACCACAUAGAAACUUCACCUUGUGACAUUGUGUUCCAUGCCAUGAUUUUGCUAUCCAUCAUCGUUGCCUUCAUUGUUCUGGUAGGAAAUGUCAUAGUGUUGUGGCUUCUGGGUUUACACAUGUGCAGGAAUAUCUUCUCUGUCUACAUCCUCAGUCUGGCUGGGGCAAACUUCCUCUUCUUCUGCCCUCAUAUUGUAUUUUCACUGGAAAUUAUCAUUGUCCUUUUACUCCACAUAAACAUCCUAUUGUUUUUCUACACCUUGCCCACACUUGCUUACCUUGCAGGUGUGAGCAUGGUCACAGCCAUUAGUACUGAGUACAGGUUGUCUGUCAUUUGGACCAACUAUCAUCAUGACCAACACCUAAAACACAUAACAACUGUCAUUUGUACUCUGACCUGGGCUUUGUCCUUUCUGAUGAGCCUCCUGGAAGGAAAAAGUUGUGGAUUUCUGGAUAAUAUUUAUAACUGGGAUAUGUGUUGGAAACUUGAUUCCAUCAUAGUUGUGUGGUUACUUGUUUUAUUUGUGGUUCUCGCUCGAUCCAAUCUAGCUCUACUGGUCAGGAUCUUCUGUGUUUCACAGCUGACUCCUGUGACCAGGCUGUAUGUGACCAUUGUGCUUACAGCACUGGUCUUCCUGAUCUGUGCCUUUCCCUUUGGGAUUUACAUCUACCUCUUAUACUGGACUACAAAUGUCUAUUUUAUUAUGCCUUGUAAUUCUUUUCAUGGGACAAUUCUCCUCCUGCCCUGUGCCAACCCUAUAAUUCACUUACUUGUUGGCUCAAUUAAGCACUGCCAAUUCCAGUGUGAGACCGUCAGGUUGCUUUUGCAGAGAGCCAUUCGACACUCCUGA